CUCAACAAGUAAACAAAAACUGACAACUGUGAGUGUUUUAUGGGGAAAACUUUUAAUUUCCUGUUUAUUUUCAUACAAAAAAAGUAAAUAAACCCGUUUUUUCAUUUAGCUUUUGUCGUGAAUCAAUUACUUUGAAAACCACCUGUGGAUAGUGACGGCAGUGUCGAUAGACCAAGGGGGGCGGACGAUCGGAUGUACGUUUUAAAUCUAUUUAACCUCAAUGCUGGCAAAUUUUAAUUAAUCAUACCUCGGAGGGUUUUUCUAAUUAAUGAUCGGGGAUAGACAGAAAAUGGGAAAACCGGAUCAAAUUGGCGAAAAUAUGCCGGGUCUCUCGCCCCAAACGGAGGCCAGUAAAUUGCUGGAACAGGCACUUAUGCAGAUGGAUGGCAUCAUUUCAGGUUCAGGGACCCUUACAGCUCAUUCUCCCGAAUAUGGGUUUCCUCCAAAUCCUCCCGGGGUCAGGGAGGCAGCGACUCAAUUGGCGACUGCGCUUCAAAACACCGCGUUGCCCCCACCACCGGACCCCAGCAUUGCUGCGGUAAUCUUAAGCUGGAUCCAACAGAUCUCCCUGAAGAAGCUUUAAAUCUAGUUAUAACAGAAUCCAACAGUUUACCCCAGAAUAAUACUGAAAACAUUGUUAUGAGUGAUAAAGAAAAUCUGGUUAAAAUAAGUGAAAAUGACGAUGAAAGCCGUUAUUCUGAUUUAUUUUUAAGUUUGUCAGGUACUGGUUCAGAUGAAGAUAUGGAAAUUGGGUUGGGUAGGAUUGGGUAGGAUUUUCUAUUUAUUUUUUGAUGACGAGUUUUGAUUCCCUUUAAAAUAACUCGAUGACUUUUCGAUAGUGACAUCAUUUUCCUAAAAGGAAUAAAUUUUACAGUGCAAAAAUUACAUAUUUAAGAAUUGUGAAGAA